CUCAAUUCAUCUUCUUCAUCAUUCCCCUUUGCGUGUUCUUCAAAAAGGGUUGAAUGCAUACGUGUUCUUUCCACUCUUUAUUCACUUCUCAUCAAUCCUUCUUCCAAUUCUUCAUCUGGGUAUGCUCCAUUUAGUUCAAAGUUUCUACCUUUUGUGAAUGAUCACUGUUUUAGAAAGCUAGUUAGCUGCUGCUGCUGCUGCUGCAUAAACAGUUGAUGAUUAAUAUGUCGUCUGAUUAUAAGUUAGACAUUGUUGAUCAUCAUCAUGACCCUGAAGAACUAGCACUAGAUGAUGAAAACCCUAAUGCAGUGCACACAAUUUUCAAUGGAAUUCAUGAGCAAGCCAAGAUGCUCAACAAUUUUGCAACCAACCUAGAGCGUAGAGCUUUGAAUGAUAGAUUUCUGAAAACUAGUAAAGUUACAGAAGACGACGACGAAGGACGUCGCUUGCAUAGAUCGGCUAAGAAGUCCGGGCCGCUUAUCUCCGGCACGGCAUACUGUAUUUCUUCCUGCAGCAUGAUAAUGCUAAACAAAAUUGUUCUAUCAAGUUAUAAUUUCAAUGCAGGAAUAUCACUUAUGUUUUAUCAAAACCUUAUUAGCACUCUGGUUGUGGUUCUGUUGUCACUUUUCGGCCGAAUUUCGGUUGAAAGGCUAAAUUGGAGGCUGGUUAGAGUCUGGAUCCCUGUCAAUGUCAUAUUUAUUAGCAUGCUUGUAUCAGGCAUGUAUAGUUUGAAGUUCAUAAAUAUUGCAAUGGUGACAAUUCUCAAGAAUGUGACAAAUAUCUUGACAGCAAUUGGAGAAUUAUAUUUGUUUAGGAAACAUCAAAAUUCAAAAGUCUGGGCUGCCAUGUUUCUCAUGAUUAUCUCCGCCGUGAGUGGCGGCAUUACGGAUCUUUCAUUCGACGGUGUUGGUUAUGCAUGGCAGAUUAUCAACUGUGUUCUUACUGCAAGUUAUUCUCUUACCCUUAGAUGGGUGAUGGAUGAAGCAAAGAAAGCAACAAAAUCAGGAUCUCUAAAUGAAGUUUCAAUGGUGUUGCUGAAUAAUUUGUUGUCUCUACCUUUGGCCAUAGUUCUGAUCUUUGUUUUUGGCGAGUUGGAUUAUGUAAUACAUGCCAAUGUGGUGAAGUUGCCAAUGUUUUGGGGAGUUGCAACUGCAAGUGGAUUCAUUGGACUUUCUAUCAGCUUCACAUCAAUGUGGUUCUUGCAUCAAACUGGACCUACCACAUAUAGUCUUGUAGGCUCCUUAAACAAGAUUCCAAUCUCCAUUGCUGGCAUUUUAGUGUUCAAGGUUCCACUAAGUAUAUCAAAUUUGUUCAGCAUCUUAUUUGGCCUCUUUGCUGGUGUAUUCUUUGCAAAAGCUAAGAUGUCAUGAUCCCAGAAGCUAUCAUUAUUAUAAGUUAUAAUAAAAAUAAUAUGUACCAAUUAAUUGUGAUAUAUUAUAUAGAGUCACAUAUAUGAAAAUAGUUCAUUAUUUAUCAUACACACCGCAAGGUCAAGGUGAAUAGUUGAAAAAAGCACGCAAGAUUUAUACUCAUAAAGAAUAAUAUCACCGAGUUUUAUGAUUAA